CAUCCAUCAGCUGGUGUUACAUCCCCCACUGUUGUGUGCGUGAGUUUUGGUGGUGGUUGGCAGACUAGACUGUCAGAGAAGGCGUUCAGUUCAUCAGUUUAACAUUCCCCUCGUGUUUAUGGCAUGUAGCUCUCAGAAGACACAACGUUUACAAUGCAGAUCCUCACGCCUCAUGUCUACUGGGCUCAGCGGCACGGAGAGAUUUAUCUCCGGGUGGACCUGAGCGACGCGAAGAAUCUCGACAUCAGCUUGCAAGAAAACAACACGCUUCAGUUCAGAGCACAGGGCCAUGGAGCUAAAGGAGAUAAUGAAUACAAGUUCAGUUUGGAGUUCUUGGAACCUGUUAGACCUGAGAUCAAACACAAGUCCACCCAGCGUCAGGUGGACAUCAAGAUCAAGAAGCAGGAGGACCGCUGGUGGGACCGGCUGACACUGCAGGGGAAGAAGCCUCUGUUUCUGGCCCCGGACUUCGACCGCUGGCUGGACGAGUCCGACGCAGAGAUGGAGCUUCAAGCUAAGGAGGAGAAGAUAAACAAGAUCAGUGUGGAGUCAAGAGUCCGUAAAGACCCCUACCUUGGGCUGAAGAAAGGAUACUUGUUCAUGUACAACCUGGUGCAGUUCUUGGGCUUUUCCUGGAUCUUUGUCAACAUGACGGUUCGACUCUUCAUUCUGGGUCAAGAUUCGUUCUAUGAUACCUUCCACACCACGGCCGACAUGAUGUAUUUCUGUCAGAUGAUGGCCGUGCUCGAGGUCAUCAACCCCUUGUUGGGUCUGGUUAAGACCGGCUUUUUUCCUGCUAUGUUACAGGUGGCCGGGAGGAACGUCAUUCUGUUUGUCGUCUUUGGCAGUCUGGAAGACAUGCAGAACAAACCGGUGGUGUUCUUCGUGUUCUACCUGUGGAGUACCAUCGAGAUCUUCAGGUACCCGUUCUACAUGCUGGCCUGCAUCAGCACUGAGUGGAAGCUGUUAACGUGGCUGAGGUACAGCCUCUGGAUCCCCCUCUACCCGCUGGGAGUCGUGGCUGAAGCUGUGGCCGUGAUUCAGUCCCUGCCCAUCUUUGAUGAGACGCGUCUGUUCAGCCUCCCCCUCCCUGCGCUCCUGGGACACUCUUUAAGCUUCUCCUACACUCUGCAGCUCUACCUGGUCCUCAUGUUCCUGGGGCUUUUCGUCAAUUUCCGCCACCUGUACAAGCAGAGGAGGAGACGAUACCGCUCGAGGAAACACAAAGUCCAGUAAACCGUCAGUUUGUUUCUGACGUGCCCGUCCCCUUCGAGAUUAAGCUGCUGGUUCUUUUUUCCUUUUUUAAUUGCCUUUCCUUUAUCUUCCUACACACACACACACACACACUGGCCUGCUGUUGGGAGUACUGGUCCCCUCAUUCCUCCACUGGGUGAACUGUUGACCUCCUCCAGUCCCAAUCCUGUAAAUCCUACUGCACUAGCUGGUGAACCGAGGUCGCUUGGAAACACUGCCGGUUGAUCCAGUGCUUUACUCUCACCACGUUUAUUCUAUUAUCAAUGUUCAUAUUUAUCAACUUUUUGAUAUUAUAUAAUUAUAUUUAUAUAAUUCUUUUUUCUCUUCUGUUGAUUUACUUCCGGGAAACGCAAGAGUGCUCACUUCAGUAAUUUGUUUUAGAGUCGUAGAUUACGUUUUCUAAGGAAACGAUUUCUGCCAUUUCUGCUUUAUUUAGAUUGUUCACAUUACUUCAAAGUGUCGGUCCUUGUUUGUUUGAAAGUAACAUUUUUACUCUCAAAACGUCUCUUUGAAAUAUUUUGGGUUUAUUGGUCUUCUAGCCAAUUCAUUAUAAAUCGUAGAUUAUUCAGUCAAUUUUAACCUCCGUUCUUUUCUCUUUUUUUUUUUAAACCUGUUCUCUCUCACAACUCCUCAAAUACGACCCGACCUGUUAGUGGCCGGAGUAGAAAAUGACAAGCGACCAAGAAAGUCCACAUCGGGAGGAGAUCGGGGUGGAUGGAUGAGUCAGACUAACCCAGGACUUUAACCCAGGAGACCGCUGUUUGUGUUUGUGAUCCACGUGUUGACUUCUUUUAACUUGCGUGACAUAAUUUACUUAACGUAAUUUAAGCAACAAACAAACUUAUUUGAACCCAAACCCCGGUUCUUUUCCUUCUUUUCCUCAACAUGUUGACGUCUGGUGGACUGUCCUCAACAUGUCUUCCAUGUUGACGUCUGGUGGACUGUCCUCAUGUCCUCCAUGUUGACGUCUGGUGGACUGUCCUCAUGUCCUCCAUGUUGACGUCUGAUGGACUGUCCUC